AGCUGAUUGUGUUGUGACAGAUCGCCUUUACAUAACCUCUGUAACCUAAACUAACCUACAUUUUUCUGUUUAUAUUUGCUACAAGUUUAGUUUUCUUUUUUCUUAAUUUUCUUCAAUUUCAGUAAGUAAAGUGUUGUGGACUAUGUCAGUUGCCGAAGAAACAAUGUACAUUUAUGAUUUACCCUACCUUGAGUUCAAAGCUUGUUGCAAUAUUUUGGACGAAAAUAACUUAUGGGAAGAAUUGUCUGUUCAUAUGGGCUAUGAGAGGACCACAAUUCAGGAAGUUAGACGAGAGAUAGGUUGUGGUAAAUCUCCAUCAGAAAAACUUCUUUCCCUAUGGGGAAAUCUGAAUCAUACUGUUCUAGAAUUAUUCGUGUUACUAGAUCGUAUGAAAAACAUUGAGGCAAUGGAAGUUUUGAAGAAAUUUAUAAAUCCGAAUAUUUUGAUCAAAUUUCAGUUGAAACAUUGUCAAAGAAAAAGGGAAGAGGAUAUUGUUGAAGUUCCUCAAGAAAAUCACAUCGAAAGUGAGAAAAUAUUGAAUGUUCCUAAACAGAAUAUUGAUAUUGUGAGUAAAGAAAGCAAUGAAAGUAGUCCAGAAAUGAACCUGAAAUUGCCAUAUUUGGCUGCUCCAGGUGGAAAUUCCAGAUUGACAACUGUUUCUGUGAGAUCCUGGAAUGAUGUGAAAUUACCAAUACCAAUAAUACCUUAUGAUGAUUUACAAUUAGCCACUAAUAAUUGGGAUCCAACUACAAUUCUAGGAAAGGGAGGCUUUGGCACUGUUUUCAGAGGCACUUGGAAAUGUACUCAGGUUGCCAUAAAACGAAUAGAAAGGAAAGAGGAUGAUCGAAAUUCCUACAUUGAGCAAAUGAAACAAUCAAUGACCGAACUUCAUUGCUUGAAUGCCUACAGACAUGACAAUAUACUUCCUUUGUAUGGAUUCAGUAUGGGGGGGCCUCAACCGUGUCUGGUUUAUCAGUAUAUGAGAGGGGGAAGUUUGGAAGGAAGACUCAGAGAUUCCAAGUCGAGAUUGAAAUGGUCCACAAGACUUAGCAUAGCUACAGGGACGGCAAGGGGCCUACAGUUCCUACACACAAUUGGAGACAAUCCCCUUGUUCACGGCGAUAUAAAGCCGGCGAACAUAUUGCUGGACAAGAAUGAUUUUCCACGGAUCGGCGACUUCGGCUUAGCUCGCGAAGGACCACAUGAAGAAUACGUGCAUAUCAGCAAAGUUCACGGCACAAGGCCAUACCUACCCGACGAGUUCCUCAGAGGGAAAAAGUUUUCUACCAAAGUGGACACUUUCAGUUUCGGUAUUGUCUUAUUCGAAAUUACAACUGGCCUUGCCGCUUACUCGAACAGGAGAGCUUCCAAGUUCCUUAGGGACCAUGUCGUUGACUACGAGGGCGACAUUUUAGAACUGAAGGACCCGAGGGAAGAAGGCGGCGACAGCUGUUUCAGGGGAUUGAUGAAUAUUGGCAAAAUUUGCGUCAGUAGAAGGGCCAAAGAUCGACCCGAAAUGGUUGUGGUACUCAAGGAGCUAGAAAAUCUUGUUUGUCCUGAUGAAGAAAGUUAGGAACGGUUUAACUGUCUGUGAUGUAUUCCUGAUUGAACCUCCAAAGGAAAUGAACUUGAAGAAAACAUCGAUACAUAUAGAUACCAACAUUGAGCAAACAACUGGACGAUUACCAGGCGGAAGUAGAAAACGAUUUGAAUGAAUCAAAAAUGAGGGUUGUGGUGGUUGGAGUUGGUGAUCCAGAAGGUGAAAAAGAAUUUUUGCCAGGUGACGUUGAAAUUCAAAUACGCCAUUUUUGGCAGAACGCCACUUUGGAUGAAAAAACACACGGUAUGCGUCGAAAACAUUCAUAUCGACAUCUUUUCUGAUGAAAAACAUUAUAAUUGGAGGGAAUUCAUUUCAAUUUUUGACUUGGUUGAUUUAAAGUGUUUUAGAAGAGAAACACCAAAAAAAAAUUCACUUGAAUCAGGGGCGUAGCAAGUUUGGUCCGCGCCCUGAUGCAAACCAUUUCACGGAACCGUUCCCCUUUAUUAUUUUUGAGUUUUCAAUGAGGGGAUGUUAAUUUAAAUUUAGAGAUUUAGUCUGCACAAAGGUCGAGAACUAGAGGAGAAGGAAAUUUAUAAUAAUAAUAAGGUGAACAAUUGAAAAUCAUAUCUUUAUUACAUAAGCUUUCAUUAAUUUAUGAAUAUAAUUGAAUACACAUACAUUUAUUCACAUGAAUAAAUAAAAUGAAGCAUAUAAAUAUUGGAAUAAAAUUAUUCAUAUUUAAAAAAGCAGAACGAAAAUGAAUAGAAAAAUACGAUAAAUUAAAAAACAUAAGCACUGUAACGGGUUUAGUUAUCAAGGGUUUAAUCUCGAGUCCCAGCUAUUCUUUCAAUAAGGGAGAAAUAGCAAAACCAACAUCUAGUAGUCGGAGACAGAGUUGGGUGUUAUCUAAGGUGGAAGCGAUAACAACUACUUCAAAACCGAAUUUAGUACAAUAAUCUAAAUUACAGUGAACCAUACAGAUAUUUCCAAGUCAAUAAAUAUAUACAGCUGAUGAUCAAGUUCAAAAUGAGUAAAACAGAAAUGAAACACUUAAUAACUAACUCAACAGUCAGUAAUUCAAAAUUAACACAGUGAAAUUAAUGGAUCAAACAAUAUUCAAAUCAAUUAUAUUCAGUCAAAAUAUCAGGUAUCAAAGAAAGAAAGCAAUCAAUAGCGGUCACUUUGAUUCCUUCUGAGACAAUAAGGGAUGUACGGGGUUUACACAAAAUUUACACUUACCGGUUGUUACUGAAAGAUUCAAGUCCCUGUAAUCGGUUAAUUUAGCGUCAUGUAUAUGCCAUGUCAGUGCUACGCUAUUUGGAUGGGCGCUCCCACUAAAUGAAAUAUAUUAAACACAGUACAAACUAUUUCUCGAUGCGGAUAACUCAGAGUUCUUUGACAAUAAUUUGAACUGCACUAUUGAAAUUGCGUGGGGGAAAGAUACAAAAAACCGAAAACAUGGGGUAAGAGUAUAUUCCGAUGAGGAAUCCAAAAAUCACAGUAUCACAGAUGGCAAAACCCAGGGCGGCAAAGCGGGUAGAUAAAGGAAAAUAAUAAAUAAAUAAAAUCGGACUGGCAGCAGUCAUUCAUUCUCUGGGAUGGACGUAGACGUCCCCGUAGUGCAGUAAUGGAAGUAAUCAUUCUGAAAGCGAUAAUAAACUCAUAAAUCAUAAAAGAGUACGAUUUUUACUUAGUGCCCAUUUAAAAGAAAAAUAAAAUCUCAACUGGUUCAGUUCUAUAGAAAAAUAUUCGCCCUUUGUGAAUCUUUCGUAUGCAGCAAUUAAUGUUAAUUCUCCCAUAAAAAGUCAAGCUCCAGAAGAGCCCGGGCCCUGGCGCUCGGUGCCCCUUAGACCCCCUGUAGCUACGUCCCUGACUCGAAUGCUUUCUCAAAUUUACAAAAUAGAUACAUAAUCAUAUUUCAUUGUGGCAACGAAUAAUAAUAUAUAACAAACAUUUUAAAAAAACCUCUGAUAAAUUUUAUUUCGAUCUGGCAACUUGUAGAUUCUGCAGCAUUACCAAUAGUUUUUAUUUUAUAUUAAGUAAAUAUUAUUUCAUUUAUUACACAUAAAACAUAAUUGUACAUUGUAAAUAAAUAAGUGUAGAAAUAAACUGUAUUUUUUUACACCGAA